AUAUGCUGACAGACAGCUAAGUCUUUCUUUUUAGAAUAAAAAAAGAACCAGAAAGUCCCUAUCUUCUUCAUCUUUUUCCUCCUCACCUUUAUUACCGUUAUACGUUAUACUUAACCCCCUUCUGCAACUCCCCUUUACAUUCUUCAAGUAAGGCACCACAAAAAACAUUAUAUUAUAAUUUAUAACCACAUAAUAUUACAAUUAUACGGUACAUCACCCAUGCUCAUGGCGUUCUCUAAAUUUUAUUUUCUUCUCUGUUUCUUCUUCCUUCAUCAUUUCUACUUAACCAGUUCGGAGUCUUUUAUCGGCGUUAACUACGGCUUACUAGCCGACAAUCUCCCGCCGCCGACAGCCACCGCUAAGCUUCUACAGUCAACGGCAAUUCAGAAAGUUCGGCUCUACGGAGCCGAUCCUGCUGUGCUCAAAGCUCUCGCCAAUACCGGAAUCGGCAUCGUCAUCGGAGCAGCCAACGGCGAUAUUCCGGCGUUGGCUUCCGAUCCCAAUGCUGCAACUCAAUGGAUCAAUGCUAAUGUUUUGCCAUACUACCCCGCCAGUAAUAUCAUUCUCAUCACCAUUGGUAACGAGGUGGUGCUCUCCGGCGAUCAGAAUUUGAUCUCUCAGUUAUUGCCGGCGAUGAAAAAUAUGGCGAAUGCGAUCAACGGAGCUUCGCUUGGAGGGAAAAUUAAGGUGUCGACGGUGCAUUCUAUGGCUGUGUUGUCUCAGUCCGACCCGCCGUCUUCCGGGUUGUUUAACCCGGCUUAUCAGGAUACCAUGAGAGGGUUACUUCAGUUUCAAAGAGAUAAUGGGUCGCCUCUUGCUAUUAAUCCUUACCCGUUUUUCGCUUACCAGAGUGACCCCAGAGCUGAAACGCUGGCGUUUUGCUUGUUCCAGCCGAACUCAGGACGAGUUGACUCGGGUAAUGGGAUUCUGUACACCAACAUGUUUGAUGCUCAGGUAGAUGGGGUGCGUGCUGCCUUGAACGCAUUGGGGUUCAAGGACAUCGAGAUCCUGGUUGCUGAGACUGGUUGGCCUUACCGCGGGGAUAGCAAUGAAGUUGGUCCUAGCAUUGAGAAUGCAAGAGCCUAUAAUGGCAAUUUGAUUGCUCAUCUUAGAUCAUUGGUUGGUACCCCACUAAUGCCAGGAAAAUCUGUAGACACAUAUCUCUUUGCAGUCUAUGAUGAGAAUUUGAAGCCAGGACCUUCCUCCGAAAGAGCAUUUGGCCUUUUCAAAACCGAUCUUUCGGUGACAUAUGAUGCCGGUCUUUCAAAGACUACUGUGACUCCAUCAAGCCCCAAAACGCCAACGGCUCCCUCAGGAAAACCGACGACAGGAGCAGGUUGGUGUAUGCCGAAAUCUGGUGUUCCUGAUGCUCAGUUGCAGGCAAGUCUAGACUAUGCUUGCGGUCAAGGAAUAGAUUGCGGCCCAAUUAACCCAGGAGGCGCCUGUUUCGAACCGAAUACUUUAGCAUCACAUGCUGCUUAUGCUUUGAAUCUCUACUACCAACAGUCAGGCAAAAAUCCUUGGAAUUGCGAUUUCUCACAGACAGCUAUACUUACAUCAAAAAAUCCCAGUUAUAAUGGUUGUGUUUAUCCUGGUGGAAGUACAUGAAAAAACAACACGAUUUAUAUUUUCAGGAUAGAAUAUUAAAAAAAAAGUUAGAGUAGCUAAAUAAAUUAUAGUGCAUUUUAAUGGGUUUUAUUUAAAGCUGUAAUUGUAAAUUAUCCCUUCUGAUUUGGAAGCAUUGGUGUUGAUCUCUUUUCUUC